AUGUCUAGUCAGCAAGCUUUGAGAGAAGCAGGUAAGCAAAUGGUUAAAGCCAUAGAGAGGUUUCCAAAUGAACGUAUAAAACAUAUUGUAUCAUUCAAGGAUUCACAAUUGCAAAGAUAUAAAAAGGUAGCAGGUAUACAAGGUAAAGAUGGUGAAGAGGAUGCAGCUAAAAGGGCUAGUCUUGCCGAGAUCAAAGAUAUUAUUAACAGGACAUCAGGUCCUUUGGGGAUGAAGAAAGAUAUGAUGGAUAGAAUUAAUGCAGCAUUGCCAGAGGAACAAUUUACAGAGGAGACUAUAAUGGAGCAAUUAAAGGCUUUAAAUACGUUGACUAGUAAUAAGUACAAGAACUACUAUGCUGUGGGGGACAAGAUGUAUCAUCCUUAUGGUAAUCCAAAUUACUAUCAAAGAAUUAUAGAUGAAUUGGAAGGUAAAAAGAAGGAAACAUUUUUCACUGCUUUUAGAACAGUUGUCUUUGGUAAGUGA